UUUUGAUUUAGUUCAUCACUAAGUUUCUUAGUGUCGGGGUACUUAAGAAAAAAUGGCAGUCUUAACGCUUGUUUUGUGCUUCCUUAGUGCUAUUGCUGGACUAAUUUAUUUAUAUUUAUCAUGGAACUUCGAUUUUUGGAAGAAACGAGGUGUAAAAGGACCCGAACCAAAACUGAUCUUCGGAAGUAUUCCAAGUAUUGUAAAGCGUAAUCGUAAUUUAGCCUUUGACAUGCAAGAGUUAUAUGAAAAAUAUAAAAAAUCAGGAGAAAGAUUUAUUGGAAUAUUCAUGACCAGAAAUCCCCAAAUUUUGGUUAUCGAUCCGAGUUGUGCUCGUGAAGUAAUGGUUACUAAUUUUAAGGCUUUUCGUGAUAAUGAACCAUCUUUAUGGGUUAAUAGAAAGUUAGAAAGGGUCUCUCGAAUGAAUCCAUUUUUAACACUUGGUUCGGAAUGGAAAGCAAUCAGAAAUGAAUUUAUGGGUGGAUUAAGUCCAAACAAGGUCAAACAAGCUCACCCAAUUAUGAUGGAAAUCUGCCAAAAGUUGAUAAACUAUAUUAAAGCUUCCACUGAGAAAUCAGGCAACAAAAUUGAAAUCAAAAGUCUCUGCUAUAAAUAUACAAUGGAAGUAGUUACAGACUUUGUUUGGGGUAUUAAUGCUGAUACUUUGAAAAUCGAUGAAACACCAAAUAAAAUGUUUACCAUGUCUCGAAAUCUGUUGGAAAAGUCUUUUCUUAAAAUUGGAUUUUACUACAUUAGCGGAGUGGCUCCUUUUAUAAGAAAUAUCAUUAAUACACGAUUUUAUCCUGAAGAAAGCGAUGAAUUCUUUUCUGGAGUUCAAAAAGAAGCUUUGGAAAUGAGACUUCGGAAUAAAAAUGAUCGUCCAGAUUAUUUAAAUUAUUUAAUUCAAUUGCAAGAGAAGAAAAAUAUAAAAUUGGAAGAUAUGGUUGGUCAUAGUUUGUCGGUUUUGUUGGAUACUUUUGAGACGACAGGAUCUGUGAUAGUUCAUGCAUUGUAUUAUUUGGCCAAUAACCAAACCUCACAAAAUAAAUUAAGGGCAGAAAUUAUGGCAAAUCUGGACGAAAACGGUUCAAUGAGCUAUGAUGUCUUAAUGGAACUUCCAUACUUGGAACAAUGUAUUCUAGAAACAAUUCGUGUCAUAACCCUUCUAUCAGUUUCUUCACGAAUGUGUAACGAAGAAACAUAUUUGGAAAAUAGACCAAAUCACAAGGUUAAAAUUGAACCUGGAAUGAUAGUUCACAUUCCAACGUUUUCAUUCCAUCAUGAUCCAGAAAUAUUCCCAAAUCCAGAUGAAUUUAUUCCCGAACGUUUUGAUAAUGAUCGAGCAAAGGAACUUAAUCAGCAAGGAUAUUUCUUUCCAUUUGGUGAUGGACCAAGGAUAUGUGGAGGAAUGAAAUUCGGACAGUUGGAAGCUAAAGCUGCAGUUGUUGAAAUCAUCAAAAAUUUCCGUUUAAAGAGAGAAAAGAAUGAUCCGCAAUUAUUUAUUAAUCCAACAUCAUUUAUACUUGGCUUGUCUGGUGAUAUAUUUUUAGAAUUUGAAGCUAUUCCACAGUGAUGAUUUAAAUUACAUAUAUAUAAAUUUGUAAAAUUAACUUUUUUUGUUAAUAAAAAAAUUCAAAAAGUA